UUUCAAAAUUUCAUUUCUACUUUGUACAACUUCAAUCAUUUCAAUUGAUGUUCAUUCUCUACCUGUCACAUCUCAUCUUUCUUGGAGAUGUCUCCUAGGCCACCAACAUGUCUUCAUCCCUUAAUUGCUCGUCUACCCCCUCAAGUUCGCUUCCUUCCUUACCCUGCUAUUAGGAUCAUAUCUCUUUUGGUCCUGGUUAAUAUCAUUAUUUGGGUCGUGGUUUCUAUUGUUCUGCGUUCUCAUCCUCUUCUAUCAUCAUCUGCUGUACUCUCGUAUACAUUUGGUCUUAGACAUGCUCUGUAAGUUUUCAUCUUUGUUUCUCAAUCUCUCAUGAUCAUGUGACCUUACUCGUUUAGAAUCCAAACUCAUGUAAAUCCAGUGAUGCUGAUCAUAUAUCCGCCAUUGAUCUCAUGACCCGACGUCUAAUCGCUUCUGGUUCUCCUCAUACAUCUCAACCAGUAACUGUUGGUACCUGGUUCUCUUUAGGUCAUUCAACAAUUGUAAUCAUAACUUGCAUUGUCGUUGCUGCUACAUCUGGUGCUCUUGAAGCACGGUUCAAUUCCUUCCGAAACAUAGGAGGGAUCAUUGGUACCGCUGUUUCAGCUGGUGUAUUGAUUUUACUUGGAAUUGGAAAUGCAUGGAUUUUAUGGAGAUUAGUGGUUAAGUUGAGAGCAGUUCUAAGAGAAGAAAUCGACGGUGAUGGUGGUGAGACUGGAUUAGGUUUCGAGGGUGGAGGAAUCAUGAUGAGAGUUCUCAGAAAGGUCUUUAAAGUGAUUGAUCGUCCUUGGAAAAUGUAUCCGCUGGGUGUAUUAUUUGGACUUGGUUUUGAUACUAGUAGUGAAAUUGCGGUUCUUGGAAUUGCUUCUGUUCAGGGUGCGAAAGGAACCAAUAUUUGGUUGAUAUUAAUUUUUCCUGUUUUGUUUACCGGUAUGGUUUGCUUUUCUUUUCAUGUCUGGAUCGUGGUAUAAGGGAUACUUGAAGUAGAAAUACUAACAGAAGUAAUAGCUGGCAUGUGUCUAAUCGAUACCACUGAUGGCGCACUAAUGAUGACCCUCUACACAUCCACGUCUCUUGCUCGCGACACCAUAGCAGUUCUCUACUACUCAAUUGUUUUAACAGGCAUAACAGUUCUAGUAGCUAUUUGUAUCGGAGUCAUUCAAUUACUUUCUCUCAUUGCGAAUUUCUCCACAGGACCCUUCUGGGAUGGAGUUAAUGCGACAGGUGAUCAUUUUGAUGUUAUUGGUGGAGGAAUCUGUGGUGCUUUUGUUGUAUUUGGAGGUGCAAGUGUGCUAGUUUAUGGACCUUGGAGGAGAUGGGUCGAAAAGGGGAGAGUGGGAAGAAGAGGGAUGGGAAAUGGUGAUGCGGAUAUGGAGGUUGAGUUGGGGGAUAUGGGAAAGAAGGAGGAGAUGGGAGACGAGAGUAGAGAUGAGAAGGAUGUUGGGAGGGUUAGAGAUAAGGUAAUUGAUGCUGAUUAGAGGGUUAUUAGACUAGAGAUUAGAUCUCUUGCUUUUUAAGACAUACUAAAAUGCAUCUAUAAGGUCUCUUUUCUACUUAUAAUCGCAAUGGGAAAGUAUU